AAGGUCUGAAGCCUCAUCCAAGAGCUUGCACAUUAGAGCCCACCAAAACAGCAUAUACUCAAAUCCUCCAUGUCGAGCGACUCGAAACCCCGCGUUAACCAGAGUUGGCCGCACCAUGCCAUUGACAUCGGCAAUCUGCUAUCGAAUUUGGAGGGGAAGACCCAAAAGAUGCCGAAACAGUUGAGCCGAUCCGCGGGCAGGAACUCUUGCUGCAUCUUCAGGGUCCCUCGGAGUCUGGCCGAGAUCAAUGAGAAAGCCUAUCAGCCCCACAUACUCUCCAUUGGCCCGUACCACCACGGCAAAAAUGAGUUCAUCAUGAUCGAGGAGCACAAGGGUCAAUUCCUCCGCGACCUCCUCACCCGGAUAAAGGAAAGAGGCAUCGGGUUCGAGGACUUGGUCAGGGACAUUGUACCGAUGGAGGAUAAGAUCCGGAAGAGCUACUCGGAAACCUUGGACAUUGGUAGCCAAGACCUCAUUGAAAUGAUGAUACUCGAUGGUUGCUUCAUCAUCGAGCUCUUCUGCAAAGUCGGGAAGUUGGUUUCCCUCCAUCGUGAUGACCCGCUAUUGAGCAUACCUUGGAUGCUGCCUUUCCUGACGCGCGACCUCCUCGCGCUCGAGAACCAAAUCCCGUUUUUCAUCCUCAAGCGCAUAUUCGCAUUGGCUGUGGGAUCGAGCGACAAUGGCAGUUACUCUUUGGCCGAGCUUUCGCUGAAAUUCUUCAACCGCAUGGACGACAGGCCAACAGAUGUCCUGAAGAAGUACUAUCACGGAGAAGGGAAACAUUUGCUCGACCUGUUCCGAUUGAGCUAUAUCCCGGAGGUUCGAGAAACAUCCAGGAAGCCGAGCAAGUACCUCCGCCUGGUACAGCCGGCGAAGAAGCUGAACGUGGCCGGAGUCGAGUUCAAGCCGAGGAAUUCUUCAAGCUUCUUGGACAUCAAAUUCCGGAACAUCAACGGCACCCUAGAAAUCCCGGUCCUGAAACUCGACGACUUCCUGAGUUCUCUCUUGCUCAACUUCGUUGCUUUCGAGCAGUGCUACCACCACUGCACGAAGCACAUCACGACCUACGCCACUUUCAUGGGACGGCUCAUGAACACGCCGGCAGAUGCCGGGUUCCUCAGCGACCGAAAGAUCGUGGAGAACUACUUAGGGGGGGACGAGGAGGUGGCUCGCUUCUUCAGCAUCAUCGGGAAAGACGUGGCAUUCGACAUCGAAAGGAGCUAUCUGUCCGAGGUUUUCGAGGACGUGAACCGGUACUACCAGAACGGUUGGCACGUCCGAUGGGCCGGCUUCAAGCACACCUACUUCAACACCCCAUGGUCCUUCAUGUCGGCCUUGGCGGCACUCGUGCUUCUUAUACUCACCAUGGUUCAGUCCUUCUUUGCUGUCUAUGCAUAUUUCUAUCCUCGUGGCAACCAUAAUUAGCAGAAGUCUGGGUUUGCCAUUUUCAGGAAUUGUUCGAGGUUGAGCUGCAAAUCUAGUUGAAUCUGUUGGGAGUUUGUGUGAUUGAAGGUUCAAAAUGGUUCUUCACCACUUGUGUUGA